AUGCGAGAUGGUAUGGUACCAUGUGAUUUAGUUAUAGAUAACUUUGGUGCUGAGUUUCCAUGCCAUGCUGUAGUAGUUUUCUCAGUUGCACCGAAAUUAAUUGAAUACAAAUCAAAAUCGAACGGAAGUAAGAUCAAUUUAGAAAUACCAGAUAAGCUUGGACUCUUUGCAAAGAUAAUGAACUUCUGUUACGGAGAAGAUUUUGUCGUCAAUCCAGAUAAUUGCGUUCAAGCAUAUUUACUCACAUACAUGAUUGGAUUAUCAUUAAUUAGUGAAGCUGCAUAUGAAUGCAUGAAAAAAACUAUAUCUCCAGCCACAAUUUGCCCAACAAUUAUGUAUUUAUAUCGAUAUCAUGUAGAUUGCUCGAUGUACAUUCAAUACAUCAAAGACCAUUUCUCAGAAAUCAUGACAAAUCCAGAUUUACUUCAACUUCCGAUGCCUAUUCUCGAAGAAAUUGUUCAUUCAGACACUCUUUGUUCAGAAAACGAGGAUAACAUUGCAUACUUUGUUCAGCAUGUAAUUGAACGUCGUGGAAAAGAAGCAAACCCUCUUUUGGAUUCCAUUCAUCUUAAUGAAGUUUCCAAAGACACAAUUAUAGACUUGUGCGCCACACAAGGCAUUGAUUCCAAAGAGCUUAUUGAAAAAUCCAAGAAAGAAGAAGAGAAACCAAGACCAUCAAGAAAUUAUAGAUUAAAUUCGACACAAAUGGAUACUUUAAUCAAAACAGGUAAACAUUACGAUAUACCAUACCCAGCCAAUGAAAAAGUACCUGCAGGCAUUGUCGAUUACAUUCUCAGGAAAGGCGGAAAAGUUAGAGUUGUUGUUUCAUCAACACAUGACAAAUAUUUUGACUCACAGAACCUUCUGAAGCUCGACAACUUCCACAACAUCUGGUACAGCAAGAACACUCCUGAUCAGUUCGCUCUGUUCGACUUCUCACCUUACAUGGUCUGUCCAAACAUGUACUACUUGAGAACUUCUGGUGGAAACAGAGGAACAGGACAUCUCACGAAUUGGACAUUUACUGCAUCGAAUGACAUGAACAAAUGGGAUUUACUUGACAGGAAGAUGGAUGUUGAUGAGUUGAAUGGAGGCUACAAAUCUGUUUGCUAUAAAUGCGAUUGCAGCGAAUACUACAGAUAUUUUAGAGUUCAACAAGUCGGAAUGAAUAUAAGAUCUGAUUACUCAAUGACUCUUUCUUGUUUAGAAUUAUAUGGACAGCUUCUUAAACCUGAAUCAGAAUCAGAGUAA